AUGGACCGUGUGAUGAAGAUGGCAUCGGAGCGUGCAGUGGUGAUCUUCACCCUGAGCUCAUGCUGCAUGUGCCACACUGUGACACGCCUCUUUUGUGAUCUUGGUGUCAAUGCCCUAGUGCAUGAGCUGGACCAGGACCCUAGGGGGAAGGAGAUGGAGAGGGCACUCCUCAAGCUGCUCGGGAGGGGGCCACCGGUGCCGGCCGUGUUCAUCGGUGGGAAGCUCGUCGGAGGAACCAACAAGAUCAUGUCCCUCCACCUUGGAGGUGAGCUGAUCCCCAUGCUCAAGAAUGCUGGCGCCCUUUGGCUGUGA